AUGAAGGGGCGGUCUCACCGUCUGCAGAGCCAUGACCAGCACGAGGACUGGUUGGAUGGCUCCUGGACGGUUGACUGCAUCUGCGGUGUCAAUUUUGAUGAUGGCGAAGAGAUGGUCAAUUGCGAUGAGUGUGGCGUUUGGGUCCAUACCCGCUGCUCUCGGUAUGUCAAGGGAGAUGACUUGUUCGCUUGUGAUAAGUGUAAAGCCAAGAAAAAUCGAUACAGUGAUGCCGAAGAGACCGAGGUUGCUCAGCUGCUGGUUGAAUUGCCCACAAAAACUAUCCGGAUGGAGAGUGGUAUUGCUAAUGGUGCACCACCUCGCCAUCCAUUGAGGCUGUGGACUGAAAUGCCGCUGGAGGAGAAAGUCCAUGUGCAGGGCAUUCCUGGUGGUAACCCAGCCUUGUUCCGUGGUCUUUCUUCAGUUUUCACACCCGAGUUAUGGAAGUGUACUGGCUAUGUCCCAAAGAAGUUCAAUUUCCAGUACAGGGAGUUCCCCUGUUGGGAAAAGGAUUGUGAUGAUAAGAAUCAGGAAGAUACUGAGAAUAAUGUUGAUAAGGGUGCUGGUGUGUUGUUCUCGUUAUCAAAGAAGAGUGUGUUUGCUGCUCCGAUGGCUGCAAUAGGUGGGUUGAGACAAAGAGAGGACUGCGAGAAGAGUGUGCUCCGCAAAGAGUCGAAGAAGCGUGAUCAUAGUUCCGGAGAACUUAGGAACUCCCAAGUUGGGCAUAAGAAAGAGAGAAGUUUACUUCAGCCAGUUCUGAUUCAUUCAGGCAAGAGGAAGAAAGAAGAUGUGGCUAUUUGCAAAGACCGGAGUGGGAAGAAGAAAGCUAGGGUUUUAGACAAAGAGGUCGACUCAAAGAAGAGAGGUCUGCAAACUUCAAGAACAGUGGCAUUUCCAUCCACCAGCAGUGAUGCCAAAACCUUGGGAACGAAUGUUGGUAGAGAUCUACAAUGUCAUGGGGAUGAUGGCCCGGACACUAACAAUGGGAUUGUGAAGCAACAAGAAUCUGAAAAACAUGAAUCUGGUGAUCAUAUUUCAGCGUCCAAUAGUGUGGAUGAUUCCAAGGCCAAUGCGUUUAUGACCGCUCGCUCCAUGAAAACACCAAGUGAACCAAGACUCAAGGAAAGAAAAACUAUUCUCGGAGUUCCAUCAUAUCCUUGUAGUUCUCUAAAAAUUGAUAAAAUGGAUGUGGUAGCCGGGGAAUGUGGUGGUGUUGUGAGAAAUCCAGUGCAAUCCGAACAAGAGGAUGACAAAGAUCUAAAUGAGCGCUCUGGUGACGAGAUGGUUCCUUCCUCUGCUGGGAGUGGGAUGAAGCAUAGAGAUGGACAGGUUGAGAAGGUUAAACUAGAGGCUAAUGUCAAUCAAAUGAAUGGUGCUUGGCCACAUUCCAUCCCAGUUCCUGUUAGAGUAGAAGUUCCUGCUGACAGUUUUACGGGGAUGGAUUCCCCUCUUGCUUAUUCUGGAGCAAAAGAUAAGGGAAUAUCUUCCAACAGUGUGCCUGAAAACAUUAAACUUGAUGACGCGACACCAUCCACAUCUUUGACGAGGGGUAUGAAUGCUCAAAAACUUGAGAGGACUUCAGAUGCAAAAGAGGCAGUAAAUAAAUAUGGUGCGGAAAAGCUAGUAGAGAAUAACUGUCAAGCAGAAGAAGUCAAAAAGUUAGCUGGAGGUCCUGGUGAGCUUAGUAGAGGAGAACUUAAGCAGGAUUUAAGCUCAGUUGGAGAACAGUCCACAUCCAGCAAAACAAUCACAACCCAACCUACAUUACAUAGUCAAUGCAAAAUGAUUCCGACUGGGGGCAAGUCGUCAUCCAACUCAUCCACUGACAUGAUCCCAAAGACAGCUACUUAUGAUUGCUCUACAUCUACUGAUGCUCUGAAUGAGAUUGCCGAUGUUAAGCAACCCGUGUCUUCUGAUUCCUCGGAUAAGAAGGACCGAACAACAAAUGACAUUGUUAAUGAGAGGGAUGGGCAUAGUCCAUCAAGAAGCAGGUCAAGGGAUCGUCCAAAAUCGUCUCUAAACUCUAGUUCAAAAGCAUCCACAACCAAGCUCUUGCAUGCAUCCGCUUCUAGGAGACCGGCGUCUGAUUCAAAAGAUUCCACAAAGCACUUGUCUUCUAAAGUGUCUCUUGCUCAGGAUUCUUGUAAGACAACUGGGUCGCGGCAAAGUGACCGUGGUUCAAACUCUCAAAGCAAGACAUCAGGUCUACCUUUGCGGGGUGAAAAACUACAUCAAUCUUCUAGCAGUCAGUGUGCACCUAAAUCAAGUCACUCACCAUCCAUGAAUCCUGCUGUCCCACCCUCUUUGAUUUCAACACUCAGUGAUGAAGAGCUGGCUUUGCUUUUGCAUCAAGAACUCAAUAGUUCUCCUAGAGUACCUCGUGUUCCUCGUGUUCGCCAAGCUACCCAGUUGACUUCUCCAACUGCAACGAGCUUGCUUAUGAAGCGUAGCACAUCGGGCUCUGGAGGGAAGGAGUUCAGUUCGUUUUCUAGGAGGAAAGGUAAAGAUACUUCCAAAGAUGGCCAUCAUCGUGCUCAUCAGCUUGAUGAUGAACCUAGAAGAAAAGAUAGACUCCUCUCGCCACCUGACCCAAGGAGACAAGAUACUGCACGUACUGCAGAUUUGCUGUCAAAGAGAGAUAGUGGGGGAUCUUCCACCAAAACUCAGACUCUUAAGAAGAAGAACACCGCUGCAGUCUCCACCUCAACAGCCAACAGUGGUCGUUCUUCAUCUGCUGAGGUUAAUGAUCACAAUAAUGAGUCAUCCCUGAGAAAUUCUCCCAGGAAUAUAUCCGACGAGGAAACAGGACCUACUAGCGGUUCUGUACGUCGCACCUUACCAGGCCUAAUCAAUGAGAUCAUGAGCAAAGGCAAGCGCAUGACAUAUGAGGAACUCUGUAAUGCUGUUUUGCCGCACUGGAGCAACUUGAGGAAGCACAAUGGUGAACGAUAUGCAUAUUCUAGCCAUUCCCAGGCUGUUCUUGAUUGUCUCAGGAAUAGACAUGAAUGGGCUCGGUUGGUGGAUAGGGGUCCCAAGACAAGUACGAGUAGGAAAAGGCGGAAGCUUGAUGCAGAUGAAUCAGAAGACAAUAAUGAGAGCGGGCAGGGGAGAAGUAGGAAGGAGAGAGGAGGGAAGAGCGUGGAGUCACAGAGAGAUCAGGAAUUUCCAAAGGGGAAGCGGAAUGCCAGGAAAAGGAGGCGACUUGCUCUGCAAGGAAGGGGAAUCAAGGAUGUCCGGAAGAGACAAAAGACCGAUUCGUCGAGCGACGAGGAGGACAGUGCCCCGUUCUCUAAUUCAAGUGAGGAGAGCUCGUUCAGCGACGAGGAGGAGAUCGAGGGCAAUGCAGCAGCUGGCCCUUUCAGAAGUGAUGACUCCGAUAAUAGCUCUGACGAGAAGUGA